CUGUUGCUGUUCUGUUUAAACAGAUGUGUAAGUCUGUAACCACACGUUUCGCUGUUGUCACGUAACCGUUACAACUUCUGACAGCCAAUUUCACGACAACUCCACUAACUCCAUCAAUUUUACACCCCCAAACCAAUCACUCCGUCAUCAUCUUCAAACUCUCCGUCACGCCUAAAUCUAACGCCGUCGUUUCCAUCUCAUCUCAAUCCCUAACCCUAAUGGCUUCACAAGACUUUCCUAUACUCUCCGAUCCCCACGCGCCAACGCGCAUCCCGCAAUCAGCGGCCGAGUCUCCCGUCCCUAACAGCACAGACUUUUACGGUCAUACUCCACUUCUCACCGCUUCUACUGAGGAUUCUGAGCCGGAGAGAUCUGGAUCUGCGUCUGGAUCGAAACGAAACCCCUACUACUCCAAGAAGAAAAAAACUGGAAAUACUAGCAACAAUGAAGCGGGCUCGGAUUAUCGUGUCGAUUAUAGAAAGGACAGAGAGGAAUGGAGCGACACGGCGAUCGCGUGCCUGUUGGAGGCGUAUACGGAGAAGUUCAACCAGCUGAACAGGGGAAAUCUACGUGGCAGGGACUGGGAGGAGGUGGCAGAGGCUGUGACCGAGCGAUGCGGCGGCAUAGGUGAUAGUGGUGGUUUUGAGAAACAACAGAAGGCUUGGAAGAGUGUAGAGCAGUGUAAGAAUAAGAUAGAUAAUCUGAAGAAGAGGUACAAAGUUGAAGUGCAGAGAAUGAAUAAUAGUGGGAGUAUAACUAGUAAUUGGCAUUGGUUUAAGCAAAUGGAAGCGAUUGUGGGGAGUAAUAAUAGCACUAAUUUAUUGAGCAAGAGUAGUGGUCGUGUUGAGAUGAUGGAGAGAAAUGGUGAUGAAAAUAUUACUCCAUUGAUCAAACAAUCUAAGAGAUAUAAUACUCCUGGCAGUGUCAAUAUCAUGAAUAACGUGAAGCCAAAAUCACUAAGUCUUAAAUGGCGGAGGGUAGUGUUUAAAAUCAGUGGUUCUGCAUUUGCUGGGAACUGCCAAAAUAUUGACCCCAAGGUGGUGAUGCAGAUUGCUGGGGAAGUAGCUGCAGCUUGUCGUCAAGGGGUGGAGGUGGCAAUUGUUGUUGGAGGUCGUAACUUCUUUUGUGGGGACUCAUGGGUAUCUGCGACUGCCUUAGAUAGACCUACAGCAUACCAAGUUGGUAUGAUGGCAACGGUUAUGAAUGCUCUGUUGCUUCAGUCAGCUUUGGAGAAGAUGUAUAUUCAGACACGUGUUCAAAGUGCAAUUGAUUUGCCCGAGGUUGCUGAACCCUAUUGCAGGCAAAGGGCCAUCCGACAUCUUGAGAAAGGAAGAGUUGUCAUAUUUGGUGGUGUUGGUGCAGGCAGUGGAAAUCCACUCUUUACCACUGAUACAGCCGCAGCUCUGAGAGCUUCUGAAAUUAAUGCAGAGGCAGUUGUGAAAGGUACAAAUGUUAAUUCCUUAUAUGAUAGCCAUUCUGGUAAUGGCAAUGUACCUCUAGAACACUUAUCUUACAGGGAGGCACUCUCCGGAAAUUUUACCUCUAUGGACACAAUGGCCAUUACAUACUGUGAAGAGAACAGAAUUCCUGUGGUUGUGUUUAAUCUACUGGAGCCUGGGAAUAUUUCAAGAGCACUAAGUGGAGAACCAGUGGGAACUUUGAUUGACCAAAGUGGGAGGUUGGGUUGAUGCAAAUGGCAGCAUGUCUCCUGGAAGCUUGCAGCCAGACAUUGAUUUAUGAGUGGUAAAUGAGAAAUGAGAAAAGACACUCUUCUGAAUAAUGUAAUGCAUCGGUUUAGAGCCGGAAAUAUAGUAGUAUAAAUGAGAAGCUGGGAAACCCCAUAUCCGGUGUACGAUAAAUUAGAAUAGUGGAUAGCCAAAUGAAAAUAUUAUACUCCAGAAUUGUGUGGACAAUUAUUAUUAGUGGAAUAGAAUUCAAAUUUACAUACUCA